CCGCUCCGGUCAGUUCGCGGUUAAACCCCAGUGCGGUCAGUCGAAACGGGCUUCGCUCCAGAUCCCUAAGUCCAAGUAUCUCGCACCCAAGCGGUUCUAACUUGGGAUUGAUCUAAAGUUGAAAUCAAACAUCAAAAUGCGUUCUUGCGGUCCGAGUUUAAUUAAAUAUGUCUUGUUCGCCUUUAAUGUGCUCUUUGCGAUCUCCGGCUUGGGAAUUCUCAUAGCUGGUGCCGUUGUCCUGGCCGAUGUGAGUGAGUUCAAUCACUUUGUCGAGGGCCGAGUCCUUGCACCGCCCAUUGUCCUUAUAGUCACGGGCCUGAUCAUAUUCCUGAUAGCUUCGCUUGGCUGUUUCGGAGCGAUCAAGGAGUCUCCUACGCUUCUAAUUACGUUCGCUGUCCUUCUGGCCGUCAUCUUCAUUGUGGAGCUGGCCGUCGGGAUUGCGGCCAGCGUUUUCAAGAAGGACCUGGAGGGAAUGGUGAAGAACUCGCUGCAGGAGUCCAUCAAGCGCUCGAACAGCGAGGACACCAUGGCCUGGGACAACAUCCAGCAGAAGCUGAUGUGCUGCGGAGUGGACUCCCCGGCGGACUGGAGGACACUCAGUGCGAACAAAACGCUGCCGGGCAGCUGUUGUCAGCCGCAGUUCAUCGACACCACGGUGGGUCACUGCCUGGACUCACCGGCUCUGGGCAAGGAUAAGUACUUCCAGGACGGCUGUGUCGGCAAGCUGAGGGAUCGCAUCGAGAAGAACGCCAUAAUCCUGAUCGGUGUGGGCAUCGGCAUUGCUUUUAUCCAGAUUCUGGGCAUCGUUCUGGCCUGCUAUCUGGCCAACUCCAUUCGCCAGGAGCGGGCCAAGUAAUACCCAUCAAAGCAAUUGCACCAAGUGUAAUCGUAAUCCAUUCAUAAAUAUAAUUAAUAACUGUUUAAUUUUAUAUAGUUGAAAUUCCUGUACCGUUGAAUUCUGCUCAAUUUACAUUACCUUUACGAUCGUUAAACUUACCCUCAAAAUCGAAAGACAACACACAUAUAUGAAAAACGCAACAAUUCAUAUCAGAUCAAAGCAUUUUCAAUGCCAGACUCACUGUUUUAUGCCAUCUCAGUUUUCAAAUCCGGUCUAUCUUAUUGUGUUCUUGAAAUAUAUCCCCUACUCAAUGUAUGUUUAUAGUGCAUUUUUGUAAAAACAGCCAUGUUUCAAUUAAAUGUGUAUACCUUUCCAUCAUCUACGACCGAAUACAUGGAAAAUUGUUGCUUUGUAAUAUCGAAUAAAAAUUAGCCAUAUUUAUCAAUAAA